GAGAGCGCGCGGGAAAUCCUGUGUGCAACUGGAAUUUCACGGAUCUCUAAGACCAUGGCCACCUCCUCGGUGUCCAAGGGCUGCUUUGUGUUUAAGCCAAAUUUUAAGCGGAGAAAGAUCUCUGUGCCAAUAGAGGACUAUUUUAAUAAAGGGAAAAGUGUGUCUGAAGACAGUAAGCUCAGAUUUGAAACUUAUCAGUUGAUAUGGCAACAGAUGAAGUCUGAAACUGAGCAAUUACAAGAGGAAUUAAAUAAAAACCUGUUUGAUAAUCUAACUGAAUUUCUGCAAAAGUCUCAUUCUGGAUUUCAGAAGAAUUCAAGAGACUGGAGCUGUCAAAUAAAACUCAGAGAAAUUCCAGUUGCUGCUCUUGUUCUAGGCGUGAAUGUAACAGAUCAUGAUUUAACAUUUAGAAGUCUAACUGAGACACUUCAGAAUACUGUCACCCCAUAUGUCGUUUCACUGCAAGCUAAAGAUUGUCCAGAUAUGAAGCAUGUUUUGCAAAAGCUGGCCUCACAGUUGGUGGACUGUGGUGUAGAUAUAAAAUCCAACGAGGAGGAGAGGACGCAGGUCUCUCAGAAAAGGGAAUACUGUUCGAUGGAUUUCCUUUCCAGUUGGUAUAGGAAUGUCACACAGAAGAAGAUAGACCCCAAACUGCCAAGCAAAAAAAGGGCUUGGUCUGGCCAAUGGCAGUCUCCUCCUGUUGUGCUCAUCUUGAAGGAUAUGGAAAGCUUUACCACGAAGGUGCUUCAAGACUUCAUCAUCGUCAGCAGUCAACAUCGACAUGAAUUUCCACUAAUACUAAUUUUUGGAAUUGCCACAUCUCCGAUUAUCAUACACCGGCUGCUUCCCCAUGCAGUGUCAUCACUAUUGUGUAUAGAACUAUUUCAGUCUUUGUCUUGCAAGGAGCACCUAACUACAGUACUUGAUAAGCUACUUCUGACAACUCAAUUUCCCUUUAAGAUAAGUGAAAAAGUGUUACAGAUUCUAACCAACAUUUUUUUGUACCAUGAUUUCUCAAUUAAGAACUUUAUAAAAGGACUUCAGCUUUCUUUAUUAGAGCAUUUCUAUUCCCAGCCCCUCAGUGUUUUGUGCUGUAGCCUCCCAGAAGCCAAAAGACGAAUAAACUUUUUAUCAGAUGAUCAGUGUGAAAAUAUCCGACGACUUCCAUCCUUUAGGAGGUAUGUGGAAAAUCAAGCAUCAGAGAAGCAAAUUGCAUUAUUGACCAAUGAAAGAUUUUUAAAGGAGGAGGCACAGUCAUUGUUAGAAAACCUGCAUGUUUACCACACAAAUUACUUCCUGGUUUUGAGAUGUCUUCAUAAGUUCACGUGUUCCCUUCCCAAGUACCCCUUGGGCCGGCAGAUCAGAGAGCUGUACUGCACGUGUUUAGAAAAGGACAUAUGGGACUCAGAGGAGUAUGCGUCGACCCUGCAGCUGCUAAGGAUGUUGGCAAAGGAUGAGCUGGUGAUCAUACUUGAGAAGUGUUUCACUGUUUUUAAGUCCUCUUCUGGAAAACAGUUUGGCAGCACAGCACAGAGAAUAGAGGAUUUCCUGGCCCAGUUUCAGAGCCUUGAUGCAGAAGCCAGAGAGGAAGAAGAUGCCUCUGGGUCACAGCCAAAGGGACUUCAGAAGACAGACCUCUACCAUCUUCAGAAGUCCUUGUUGGAAAUGAAGGAAUUAAGAAGAACAAGUAAGAAGCAAAAUAAAUUUGAAGUGCUCAGAGAUAAAGUUGUGGAUUUCGUUGACAGUCUUGUGAGAGAAUUCCUUCUGCCUCCAGAGACACAGCCACUGCAUGAGGUGGUGUAUUUCAGUGCUGCCCAUACCCUACGAGAGCACUUAAAUGCUGCUCCGAGAAUCGCCCUCCACACUGCCCUCAACAACCCUUACUAUUAUCUCAAGAAUGAAGCUCUCAAGAGUGAAGAAGGCUGCAUUCCAAAUAUCGCACCAGACAUCUGCAUCGCAUAUAAGCUGCACCUUGAGUGUAGCAAGCUGAUCAACCUUGUGGACUGGUCAGAGGCCUUUGCAACAGUUGUGACAGCUGCUGAAAUGAAUGCCAGUUCUACAGCCUCAGAAGAAAUGGAUGAAAUUAUCCAUGCUCGGUUUAUUAGAGCCGUUUCUGAACUAGAACUUUUAGGAUUUAUCAAACCCACUAAACAGAAGACUGACCACGUGGCAAGGCUAACAUGGGGAGGAGGCUGCUAAGAGGCAAAUGAGCAAAGCCAGAAGAGAAAAGGGAAAGUGACUUGUCAUGCUUACACAUGCUAGCAGGAAUCUAUUUCUGUAAGAAGAGCACUGUGUAAUCCCCAGUGGUGCUGAACCAGAAAAUAGACAUGUGUUAAACCCAAGCAGGUGUAUAUCCUAACAUCCUUGGAAUACUUGGGAAUCCAUCAAUAACACACUGAUAUUGUGACUAAAAGCCCUCAAAGUUAUUACUGUAACUUUCCAAAAGUACUAAAUUAUAAGUGAAUUGUUCUUAAGCAUAAGUAUUGUAUAAAUGUAAUAAAAUUUCUUUUCCCGGGAGUAUAAA